AACACCACGAGUUCUCUAAUCCUGUAAAUUGCAAAGCAUUGCUAACUCUUUAGUAGAAGUAGAAGUACCAGUACAUUACACCAAAUGGCGUUACGCUUCGUCCUUCUGGCUACAGUAUUGCUCUUAUGCAUAGCCCAGGUUUCAUCUGAUGUCAAGAUUGAAGAAAAAAACAUCCAGGAGGUCAAAGGAGCUAAAAGAGGGUUCUUGACAUUCUUAGAUUGUGCAGGGUUGUGCAAGGGAAGGUGCCGGUUGCAUUCAAGGCAAAAGGUUUGCACAAGAGCGUGCGGGACAUGCUGUAAGAGGUGCAACUGUGUUCCUCCUGGCACCUCUGGUAACCGAGAGAAGUGUGGAAGAUGCUAUACUGACAUGACUACUCAUGGCAACAAGACAAAGUGCCCUUAAUCACCCGUCUCCAUCAACAAUAAGCCUAUCUUUUCUCAUCAACAAAUUAAUCCCAAGUUAGAGUUGAAUGUUUCUGCUAGGUAGAUGGAUGUGUGUUUUUAUAUUAGAUUGGUAAUUAGUUGAUGUGGUGUAUCAUGUUUGAGAGCUACUGUAUUAACAAUCAAGUUCAAUUUCUCUCUCU